GCAUAAAAAUGGAAUUCUAGUAUUGAAUUGGUAAUUGCAGAAUACUACUUAGAAUACAGAACAAAAGGACCACACAAUUGCCUUUCUCUCUACUUGGGGCUCUCUUCUUCGACUAAAUUUAAAUUAACAUAGCUAAGAAUCAAAUUUGUUGUUUUCUUCUCGUUUCUUCCCUUAAAUCCUAAUCAAUAUAACUUGGAAUCAAACGUGAGGAAUCAAAAUUUACAAGUAGAAAGAGUUCUUUUGCACUUUCAUGAUGAAAAUAACAUUAAAGAAUUACAUUAAAAUAGAGUGCAGAUUCCAGUUUCUACCUCCAUAAAUAAGAACACAACAUGGCAGAGAGGAUGAGUAAAACAAAUAAACCUGUUUCUAGCUCCAUGGAUCAUUUCAGUGCGUUUUUCCAAUCCUUCAAUGUGGGAGACCAUCCAAAUAUACAGCCAUCAGCUGCCCAAAAAGGGAAGAAGAAGAAACACUCUUCUAGCUUUAGCAACGGAUCUGGAGGAGGAGCCCACUUCGGCAGAGAUGACACUGACAUGAGAGUGCCCCCAAACGGGAAUAUCAAUGCUGGUUAUGCCGUCGAAGCCCCAUGGUUCUGGGGCCAAGGUGAGACGCCCAGGCCUGGAAACCUCCAUGGCAACGGAGCCCCCUGGUUCAUGCACGGUGGAUGUUAUAUGACAAUGACGCCCCCAACUCCCCCAGUUCCUCCAGUUCCUCUAAUUCACCCAAAUUUCACUAGAGGUCCCGGUACCGGACCCUGGAAUUGUGGGAGGGUUGGGAUGACAAUAACUCAAGAUGUCACCGGAGGGGUCAAUUACGGCGGAAAGCCGGCAGGGCUCUCAAAUGGGAGUAUCAAUUUAGAGCCAGGUUCUGGAUCUAACUAUUACUGGGGCAAAGGUGAAACCAAAGUGCCCCCAAAUGCACAUGGGAAUAUCAAUAUAGGGUUGGGUGCCGGAGGUGUUAACAGCGGCAAAAAUUCGGCGAGUAUCAACCAUCUUUAUGGGACCAUCAAUAUCUAGAGAUACUUCCAUGCAUGCUUGGUGUCCCUUCUGUUUUUUUCUUUUGAAAAAAACUUUCGCGUUGUACUCUUAUCUUAUGUUUAUUUACCACUAAAAUAAAUAAAUGUAAUAUGA